UGAUCAUGUGAUAAACGAUCCGAAAAAAGGCAACACCGGUGUGGAUGAGGAAAACCUGGAAAAUAGGAUUGAUGAUAAGAUUGAGAAAUGACGCUGGGGGAAAGAAGCAUGUGUCGGUUUAUAUUUCAGUUAUCAACCAUUUAUGCAAUUUUAAAUGUAUGUUUAGUAUCCUCAGAUUGCGAGUUUGAUUCUGUGUCAGAAAAGGAAUCUGGGAAGCGUUUAAGCGAACUGCAAGCACAGACUAAAGAGAAACCUAUAAGUAUACAAGACUCACAAAAAAACUACACAUACAGCAUAGGAAUUUGCUCACCGGUGAAGGCCCCUAAUGUUGGUGUAACGCAAACAGAGAAUUUCGGUGAUCAUAUUGAACAUAAUUUAGGCCUUAUCAGUAAAGCCCAUAUCCAGUUUGGAAGUAACUGGAUAUUUUUGCAAUAUCAUAAUGGGGAUCCAUAUGGUGGCCACUGCAAGCAAGAAGGGAGACAAUCUCAUAUAAUGAUCAUUUGUGAUGAGAAAAAUGAACUUGUGGGAAAUAAAGUUGUACUUGAAGAGAACAAUAAUCGAACAGAGGACUGCUAUUAUUUAUUUGAAAUUACAAGUAGUAUAGCUUGCUCUGAACACCCAUCAUCAGGAUUAAGUCUUGGAUCUAUUCUCAUCAUUUUGUUUGUUUGUGUUAUAUUUGUGUACAUUCUUGGUGGCUUUGUAUAUCAGAGGUUCAUCAUUGGAGCCAAAGGUAUGGAGCAAUUCCCUAACAUUGCCUUCUGGAGGGACUUUGGUAACUUAGUAGCGGAUGGCUGUGAUCUUGUAUUCCGAAGCAGUCCAUCUGAUGACUCGCCCGCCUACCGGGGCCUAGGGGAUGAAGACCUGGGCUUUGAGCACAACACCCUAACAAUGGAUCAAGAUGACGAUGAUGAUGUGCAACCUCUCUACUGAAAACAGAGAGAUCAAAAUAUCCAGUACAAAGUAGACCUGAUAUAAACACUAGAAAUGAACAAAUGGGAUAAAUAAUGUACAUUCUCACAAAACUGGGAGUACUCUUUUGCAGUAAACUGUUUGUUGUUCAAAUUUACUCAUUUACUGUACAUGGCCGGCGGAACUGGGGUGGCCAGGGGCCGGCCCCCCCCAACCCUCACUUUUUGGCAGAAAAUAUAUAAUGUCUAUGCAGAUUUUUGUGUGAUCGGCUUCCUCGCAAUUCAUAUUCCCAUUCAUCUUACUACUAGGCACUCACCCUCACUUUAAUAUGUAUUCCGCCAACCCUGCUGUAUACUGUGAGAAAAUAUGUAGUUAAAUAGUUCCACUGUGAUAUCUGUUGAGACUUCCAUAGUUGUGCUCUGUCUGUGUACACUGGCCAAGGUAUGCCUACACUUCUAGUCUUUCAGUCACCGAUCUAGGGCAGGACUGGCAAAAGUGCACGGCCAGUGGUUGGGGAAAACAUAAAUGUCCUGGAGGCAAUUUGGGGGGAAAAAUAAAAACAAAAUUAACUGUUGGGCUGUAUAGUGUUCAGAUAACUUUUGGUGCUGGAGACGUUUUAUUGAGACAACUUUCAUGGUCAGAGGUACAAACAUUUUUUUUUUCCAGGCUUGAUCUAGCCAGGGGUUGGAAAAAAGGAUUCCUUUUGACUGCUAGCCAUUUUAAGGCUUCAUAAGGUUAUAAGAACUUGCAUUAGUAAUUUUAAAGAAACAAUUUAUUUUUAGAAAGUACCGUACGCAUUUAUGCAAUUACUGUAUUCAAAUUAUUAUAGUGUUUUAAGUACUGUAAGUUUAGCUGCCAGUGAAACACUGGCUUUGCACGUGAUUCUCAGGCACUUUACACCAAAUACGGUAUUAAAAUUAUGAAUUCAUUUUGGUAUGGAGAAUCCUAGAGAUAUAUAUACAGUAAAAAUGUUAUUUAGCUUUAGAUACAUUUGAAAUGAGUUAUAAUAAUAUUUCAUAAGGUUGUCUUUAUAGUGAAAUUUUGCUGUAGUUUCAUUUCAAAAAAGGUCUGGAUAAAAAUUAAAAGAACCUACAGUAAAUACUAGAUAUAGCCUAAAAAACAGCCCAAAAAGGAUAACAAAAAGUCAGUUUAACUGUGUAAGACUAGUCAGCUUAAGCUUACAAAGAUAUUAACAACCUUCUGUAAGGUUCAACAUUAUCAAUUAUGAUAAAUUUAAACAAUAAUUUGGGAAAUAGAAUAUGACUUAAGGGAAAAAUUGACAUUACUGUACUCAUAGCACUUGGCGUCAUAGUCUGUAGACUGAUUGAAUGGUAGUUAAUAUGUCUUGUGUUCCUGAUGAGUGCUACUAUGCUGUCUUCGCUAUAUCAAAAUGUAAUGUUUUAAUAGUUGGUAUCUGGACGUGUCUGGGAAGAUCAGAGAAGAAUUUACACAUAGUAGCUACAGUAACAGAUUUCAUAAACAAAAACAGAUCACCUGUAAAGAAGUGAAAAAUUUAAUUGUAUCCUUUAACUAUAGAAUUGCAUGUGUGUGAACAGUAUACCAAACAAGUAAAGCUAAGAUUGCUAUUGUAAUGGUAUUAGAACAGAAACCUUUUCAAACAAGUGUGAUGGUUUUUCCAGAACAGAUUUUAUUUCAUAAUGACUAGAUAGUUAGGAAGUAGUUUAUUCAAUUAAUAGGAAAUGAAAUUUGAAGUGAAAUGAGGAUUUGUUAGAUAUUUGAAAAAAAGCUGUUAAAACGCAUGGUAUAAUCAAUACACUCAAAGUUGAAUUACUAAAGGGAAAAGAAAAUACAAAUUGAAGAGUUUGGUACUUGUAGACACAAUUAUUUUAAUUAACUUUUCAUUCAGCCAAAGCCUGACCGAUCAAAAACACAUGAAUCUUCAGGGAUCACAUGGGUUUAUAUUUGGCAGAUGUACAGUAUAUUUUUUAUCAUAAGGAGCCCAAAAUACUUGUAUAAUGUUUGAAAAUACUACAUUUUAAGUUUAUGUUACUAAUUUGGUACCUUAAUUACUGUAUUCAUUUUAAUCUUUUACUAACCAAAAUAUAUGUAAUAUAUAGUGGGGUUGCAAUAAAUAUAGAACAGUAGACCUACACAAAUUUAAUUGGAAAUUUUCCAAAGGGCAUCAUUAUUGGGGAACUUCAUGGGGUACCCCCAACAUACAUGUCCAUGUCAUGUGGCAAGUCUUUAGAACACUGUAGAAAUGGGGGAAAAAAAUCAUUGUAGAAUACCAAUAUUUAUAUUUGUAGCAAAUGAUAUGUCAUGAGAAUACCCCACCGGAAGCCCCCAGUAUGGCAUCUGAAGAAGGAGAAUAAUCACUGUAAAUUGAUUGGUGUUUAGCAAAAAAAAAAAAAAAAAAAAAAAAAAAAAAAAAAAAAAAAAAAAUUGCCUUAAAGUUUAAUCAAUUCUGAUUUCCAAAUGCCAGUGUUUUGUUAUAUGAGUGGGACAGGGGAGCAUUAUUCCAAUCACUGUAAUUUGCAGAUACAGAAUUGGUAUACUUCUAAAUACUGUAAUAAUGCUACUGUAUCAUUAUUUUGUUCAUUGUACAGUCACGUGCUAAUAUUCAAUGUUAUCAGUCAAUGUAUUUUUUCCACAAGCAACGAUUGUUGACAUUAAAUAGUUAUUUUGCAUAAUUUUUAUUCAUUAAUACUAUUAUGAUCGCAUGUUCCUAAAUGACGGCAUGUAGUGUUAUAAUAAUUGAUAGGUUAAUAUGCUGGAGUUUGUGACACAGUACAAAGUAGACCGAAAUUGUUAAAAGUUGUCUAGUUUUGUUGAUUUCCCUGGUUAUCAUUAUGGUUACCAUAGUGGGUUAUUUUUCUUUUGUCCACAUCAUCCUUCUUACUGUACAUGUUGAAAAUGGAAACAUCCUUUCCCUCUGUCGUGCAAUUGGUUAUGGAGCUGUGUGUAGUUGCCUUUACACUGUGCCCAGUAACCUAUGAUUUUAGUUACAGGUUGUCUGACUUGCAAUUGGCUGCUGUGUGUAGUCCCAUUCACGCUGUGCCCAAUGAUAACCUGAUUGUAUUUACAGGUUGUCGGACAUGCAGUUGAUUCUAGGAAACUUUAUAAUAAUGGGACUUUUUACCGCACAUAAUAUGCCCUGCCUCAAUUUUUAGAGAAAAUUGAUUUUCAUCAUAAAAAUUACUGAAGUAUGUAUUACCAAAAAAAACCAAAAAAAAACUAUAGUAUGGAUUGCCAAGAUGCUUACUUUAGCAUUGGAAUAUGAACAUCAAAGGCAGGGGUGGGCAUAAAAAUGGGUUGGAGGGCCCAUCUGAAUUAACCUUGAGGGCCAGAAGCAAAAUUUGAUUGUGUCAGUGUUUUGCAAAAACCACUGUACACUCCUUUUAUGCCGCUUUAUGCUCAGUUUUAAUCUUUUAGAUAUCCAGCGUUGGGUGGUCAAAUAUGAGAGGUUUUCUCGCCAAAGUAGUCGGUAGGUUCACCACAUGGUUUUUAAUUUAUUUUCGUGAGCCACAACAAUAUGGCCCGACCGCAUUUGCCCAUGUGUGAUCAGCUGUUGAUCAUAACUUGUCUUUCAUACUUUCUGCCAGUUUUUUUUAAUUUUUAUUAUUAUUAGAUUUAUGUUUGGAAGUAUUAAAACAAGGAAUGUAAAUAUUUCUGCAUAGUAAAGAUUUUGUCUAGUUGGAAUAAUUUUGACCAUUAUUAUUUUAAGUAUUUAAAUACAGUAUUCAUGUUUAUGCUUAAGGCAAUGAUUGAAGCAACAAAAAUUCAUUUCCCCUUUUUUGUGAGAAUGACAAUAAAGUUAUUUCUUAAAUGAAUUUUGAUCCAA